CUUUAUUCGCCACAGUUCAAAACUUCUCCAAUAUUUUACCUCAGCUCCAAAUCGAUCAGAUUUCUCCGUUGCUCAAUUUCCCGGCGACUUCUCCACCGGAAUUUCUCCAUUUCCGGUCGAAGAUGGAAACUUUGCGGAAAUCAGCUUUUAUGCUUUUUCUAGUUAAUGUUUUUGAUGAGCUAUAGUUGAAGGUUGCUUUGCUUUUGGUGAUCUGUGGGAAAUGAGUGUUCAGUGAUGAAGAAAGUGAAGAGAAAGCUUGGGAAGUAUGAAGUUGGCAGAACUAUUGGUGAAGGGACAUUUGCCAAGGUUAAGUUUGCACGAAACACCGAGACUGGAGAGAAUGUUGCCAUUAAAGUCUUGGCCAAAAGUACCAUUCUUAAGCAUAGAAUGGUUGAACAGAUCAAAAGAGAGAUAUCUAUAAUGAAGAUUGUCAGACAUCCUUGCAUAGUUCGACUUCAUGAGGUUUUAGCUAGCCAGACAAAAAUAUAUAUCGUUCAGGAGUUUGUCACUGGAGGAGAGCUUUUUGAUAAAAUUGUUCAUCUAGGUAGGCUUUCUGAGGAUGAAGCAAGGAGAUACUUCCAAGAACUCAUAGAUGCAAUUGCUCACUGUCACAGCAAGGGUGUUUACCACAGAGAUUUGAAGCCUGAAAAUUUGCUUCUUGAUUUCCAAGGGAACUUAAAAAUUUCUGACUUUGGGCUUAGUGCAUUGCCUCAACAAGGAGUCGAGCUCCUCUAUACCACUUGUGGGACUCCAAAUUAUGUUGCACCUGAGGUGUUAGGUAACCGAGGUUAUGAUGGUGCUGCUGCGGAUGUGUGGUCAUGUGGUAUCAUCCUUUAUGUUCUGAUGGCAGGAUAUCUUCCAUUUGAUGAGACAGACCUUCCUACCUUGUAUACAAAGAUCAAGGCUGCUGAAUUUUCCUGUCCAUUUUGGUUUUCUCCUGGUGCAACAUCGUUGAUUCAAAAAAUCAUUGAUCCAAAUCCUCAAACUAGGAUCAAGAUUGAUGGAAUAAAACGAGACCCUUGGUUCCGGAAAAACUACAGAGCUGUUAAAGCUAAAGCAGAUGAAGUAGUGAAUCUUGAUGAUAUCCAUGCUGUGUUCGACGACAUUGAGGAUGCAUUUGUCAGUGAAAAAUCAGAAGAUAGUGAGAGUGGUCCCUUGGUAAUGAAUGCAUUUGAGAUGAUAACACUAUCUCAGGGAUUAAAUCUAUCCGCUUUGUUUGACAGACGUCAGGAUUAUGUCAAGCGUCAAACUCGAUUUAUUUCCCGCCAACCUGCUAAAGUCGUCAUUGAAACUAUUGAAGCAGCUGCAGAGUCGUUGGGUCUUAAGGUCCACACACGCGAUUACAAGACAAGAAUUGAGGGGGUAACGGCAAAUAGGGCUGGUCAAUUUGCUGUUGUGCUGGAGGUUUUCCAAGUAGCCCCUUCCCUUUUUAUGGUUGAUGUUAGAAAGGCUGCUGGGGACACUCUUGAAUAUCACAAGUUCUACAAAACCUUCUGCACGAAAAUUGACGACGUCAUUUGGAAACCGAAGGAAGGCAUGUCAAAUGCUGUUCUGCUUAGGACAAGGACUCGCUGAACCAGAUUUCUGGGAAUGAAGUGAAUCACUUAUCAAUUUGAUGUGCUCCGAAGACGUUCGUUGUGUUAGGUAUAGUGUGUGUAACUGCAUGUUGUUAAUCUUUUGUUCACUACAUAUCUUAAGUGAUAAAUCAUGGGCUCAAAAGCAAUACAAGUAGGGUUGUAAAUGAGACGGUUCGAUCAGUUGUAACCAAUUUUUCGGAUAUUAUAUAAUGUAUAACCAAAACUAGACUUUUCAAAACCAUCCCAAUAAUAUCGGUUUCUCUUUGGUAUCGGUA